AUGCACCUCUUCAAAAGGAAAUCGCCUUCGAGGAGUCAUCAUUCUAUGCGUAGCGUUGAACAGUUGGCCCCCGCGUUGACUCCACCGGACCUCCCCACUGAUUCAGACCGGCGCUUUUCACAAUACGAGUAUUCGGUUCCUGGCCCUGUUCAGAACCAGCCUCAGACUUUAAAUCGGUCACAAAGUCAACGUCAGAAACCGUUACGUGGUCGACCCACUGUUAACGUUGUUGCCCCGGAAGAUUCACGCAAAAAGGGCUUAUUCUCAGUCGAGCGCAUCUCCGUCAAGGGCAAACCAAUCUCCCAUCCCAUCAUCUCACAACCUGCCUCACCGGGGACUUUACACCCGGAGACCCUAGACGAAUCCGACGAAUUUCUGCAUCUUCGAAAUUCUUACUCGGAGAACCCUUCACCGGUCAACCCACCACAAUCUCCCGCCUACCAACAGCAACACCCGGCUCAGCGAACUCCCCGACCAUCGCAUCCUGCUCACGCCCAAGACAACCCCGAGUGGUCACAGCAACCGGUGCAACCAAUUUACCCCAAACUCCAGCGGUCCAAUACCGAGCCAACCCUGCUCGAACAGUACGUCCGACCGUCGCCUACCGAUAUUGUCCCCGAAUCACCACGACACGCGUCGGAACAUCUUCAUCGGGGACAGCCUGUACCCCCUACCCAGGAUCCGGUAUUGAAUACCCGACCCCCAUCCCAGCAGAGUCACGAGCCGCUUUCCCCGUUACAGUCCGUUUAUCCUGACGCCAUGCAGUCUUCCGCGCAGGCACAAACCCAAGGUCAAUUUCAGCAGUUGGACAGACAAAGAUCGGCAGGUUCGCCACAACAAGACCGUAAUCAGCAAGACCGGAGUCAACAGGAGCGGAGUCGACAGAAUAGUGUGUCAAACAUGCCUGAUCCCGGACGGAGCACACCCACCAAUACACACCGCCGCGAGGAUUCCGGAGAAGUGGACGUGCGGGCAUUGAUCCAGAAACAUGAUGAACUCCAGGCCAAGUAUUCCAAGGUGAAACGAUACUACUUUGAAAAAGAUGCGCAGGUUCAGCAUCUCCAGAACACGGUAGCGCACCAACGAAUGGCGGUGUCGCGUACCGUACUUGACGAUAAUGAAUACACAAACCGAUUCCAGCGACUUGAUGGAGCGAUUAAAGACCUGGCUUUCUCUGUGCGUAAAGACUGGCGCAGUAUUCCGUCGUGGCUGAAUGGAAUGGUCACCGACGAUGCUUUAGCGGUCGGCACGAAAGAAAUGACCGCGGUCGGACGGGCGGUGAUCAGCCGAUGGCUAGUAGAAGAAGUCUUCCAGCGUUAUUUCCAUCCAUCCUUGGAUCCAACAUUCAGCGUGCAGUUGAAAAAUAUCGAAAUGAACCUGCGACGACAGCGACCGUCAUCCGACGAGGACCGCGAGAAUGCCUCCGCCAGGCUCUCCUACUGGCGCCGCACCACCUUCGACGGAUUGACUGACUCCUUAGCCGGACCUGAUGCCGCAGAGCAUCGCAUUAAGCUAGUUGAGCAUUUAAUCGUGGAACUCGCUGGCUUCCUGGGAUCUCAGCUUCACGAAAUCGCGCUGCCGGGUCUAGAAGCAAGUGUGCGUAUGAUCAUUGAGAACUCAGUCAACAUCAUCGAGAAAAUCCCCCUGGAAGCCCGUGAUGUCUGCGUCGAUUACUUUCCACCGGGAAUUCCCCUUGCCGAGCAAUACAUGAAGGUCGAAGGCCAAUUACCCACACUGAGCCACCCGCCUCCACCACCUUCAGAUCAAGAACAGCUGGAGGAGCCUGCUGCGGCAGAGGGAGAUGCGUCGUCUGGAUCAACCACCGGUGUGAUAGAGAGCGCCUCACAGGCACAGCAAAAGCCCUCGAAGAAGUCCUUAUUUGGCGGGUUGAUAAGCCGCAAGCAUGCCGCCAGCGAGAUCAGUCGUCCGGCGCCGGCGCAUGGACCGACCGAAGACAAGAGUGAGCCUGUUGAGGUGACUCCAAGCGCCCCGCGCAUUCGGUUCGCAGCGUUCUUGGCCGUCGAAGUGCGCGGCAAGGGCCCUGCAACGGUGCUGAUCAAGUCACCGGUGUGGUUGGUGGAAUAA